AUGAUCGAAAUCACAGUGAACGACCGUCUCGGCAAAAAGGUGCGAAUCAAGUGCAAUCCGUCGGACACGAUCGGCGAUUUGAAGAAACUGAUUGCCGCACAGACCGGAACAAGGUAAGAAUGCUGAAUUUUUUUGAGAUUUCUGGAAACAAUGGGUGUUUUUUCCAUUUUUCCUCAAAAUUUUCGAACAAAUGGGUCUUCGCUCAUGCUUCCCUAAAUUUAUGCGGGGUUCCAAUGCUCUUAACGAAUUUGUAGCUUUUUAACCUCGCAAAAUGCAUUCUCAUCGAUUUUUACUUCCAGGUGGGAGAAAAUCGUGCUGAAAAAGUGGUACACGAUCUACAAGGACCACAUCACUCUGAUGGACUACGAGAUUCACGAGGGAUUCAACUUCGAGCUCUACUAUCAAUGA